AUUGCACUCCUCCAGUUUUGGCGAGGCGAGCAAGAGUUCCUCAGGCCCUACCCACUUCACUGGGCGCUCUAUGUCGAAACCAGUCCAGAUGUCGGCAACACCUACGAGAUCGUAGGCGAUCAGAAUACCUACACUUUUCGUAUGACAGAAAACCAGCCCUUCGAACACAAGGGCUACCGUGGAGGCUGUUGUGUUGGAAGACUCAACUCGGAGGAGGAGCUCGCCUUAAUGGGGGAUAUCCUCAAAAAAGUUGAAAUCUUCCAAGAUAUUCCCACUUGGAACAGCCAUAAUUGGGUGAAGACAGCUCUGAGGACUCUCAGGCACUCAGGUUUCUGCAUCGACUUGGAUGAGUCGAUUGGAAAUCUUCAAUAUAUCAUGCUCCACCAGCUAGAAAGUUGGUUUGAAAUUACACAUGGAGUUGAAGGUGGAGUCGCCGAAUAUCCCGUCCAAUUUGUCGGUUACGAAUAUCUCGAUUGUGUAUUACACUCGAGGCUCCGGAUGUUGCAAAGAAGGGCGCAUGUGGGACGUCGAGGGCUCUACAUUUGGUAG